UGGAAGAUCAUCACUAUUUUGAAUUUAAUAACACAUAUUGUACAGACAAUGAAGUGUCAAAUGAGAAUAAUAUUUCUAUAGAAGAAAAAGACAGUGAUGCUUUUCUAAUUGAAUUAUACAGAGAACGACCAUUUCUGUACAAUAAAGGACACAAAGAUUUUAAAAACAUAAUAAUUAAAGAUAAUGCUUGGAAAGAAAUUUCUAAAAUCAUGCAAAAUAAAAAUUAUGGCAACUUAUAUACACCUGAUUAUUGUCAAACUAGAUGCACAUCUCUAAGAAAUCAAUAUAAUCGUGAGAAACGAAUAAUAGAUAGUCAAUAUAAGAGUGGAAGUGGUGCUUCAACUCAUAAACCCUUUGCAUUUUAUACUCAAUUAUCUUUUCUUGACAAUUAUAUCAAGAGACGAAGAACAUGCAGUAAUAUAAAACCAAAUAAAGCUUCAACAUCUACAUCAUCUUUAGAACUGUCAACAAAAAUUCCAAAAUUUAGUUCAAAUGAAGUAUUUGAUACCAAAGAAAAAUCAAGUCAUUCUAUGCACGAAACAGAAGAUAAUAAUUUUAAUGGUGAAAAUAAUAAAGAAAAUAUUUUAGAAGAUACUCGUGAAACACACGUAACACAUAAACACAACAUUGACAAAGAUUCACCAUCAGUCGUAUUACAUACAAAACCUAAAUCUAAAAAAAGUAAAGUCGAUGAAACAAAGGAAUUAGACAAUAUGUUUACAUCGGUUAGCCAGAAAAUCAUGAAUGUUUUAGAUAACAAACGUGAAAACAAUAAUGAAGACGAAGCAUUUGCACAAUUUAUUGUUGCUCACUUGACAAAUCUUCCACAAUCUGAGAAAAAUAUAAGAAAGAAAAUGAUAACAGAUGCUUUAUUUUCUUCACUAUAAAAAAUUUAAAAUUUUUUGUUUUUAAUGAUUUUUAUUUUUUUCAUAAAGUAUUUUUAUUUUUUAUUACAGAAGUAUUUGUUAUUACAAUAUGUGAUACAUUACUAUAUGUGAUAUUGUAAAAAAGACUGUUUCUUU